AUGUCGUCCAACUGCACCAGCACCACGGCGGUGGCGGUGGCGCCACUCAGCGCCAGCAAGACCAAGACCAAGAAGAAGCAUUUUGUGUGCCAGAAAGUGAAGCUAUUCCGGGCCAGCGAGCCGAUCCUCAGCGUCCUGAUGUGGGGGGUGAACCACACGAUCAAUGAGUUGAGCAAUGUCCCUGUUCCUGUCAUGCUAAUGCCAGAUGACUUCAAAGCAUACAGCAAGAUCAAGGUGGACAAUCAUCUCUUCAAUAAGGAGAACCUUCCUAGCCGCUUCAAGUUUAAGGAGUACUGCCCCAUGGUGUUUCGGAAUCUUCGGGAAAGAUUUGGGAUUGACGAUCAGGAUUACCAGAAUUCAGUGACGCGCAGCGCCCCUAUCAACAGUGACAGCCAGGGCCGAUGUGGCACACGUUUCCUCACCACCUAUGACCGGCGCUUUGUCAUCAAGACUGUGUCAAGUGAGGAUGUGGCUGAGAUGCACAACAUCUUAAAGAAGUACCACCAGUUCAUAGUGGAGUGUCACGGCAACACCCUUUUGCCACAGUUCCUGGGCAUGUACCGCCUGACUGUGGAUGGUGUGGAAACCUACAUGGUGGUCACCAGGAAUGUGUUCAGCCAUCGGCUCACUGUACACCGCAAGUAUGACCUCAAGGGUUCUACUGUUGCCAGAGAAGCGAGUGACAAAGAGAAGGCCAAGGACUUGCCAACAUUUAAAGACAACGACUUCCUCAACGAAGGGCAGAAGCUGCAUGUGGGAGAGGAGAGUAAAAAGAACUUCCUGGAAAAACUGAAACGGGAUGUAGAGUUUCUGGCCCAGCUGAAGAUCAUGGACUACAGUCUGCUGGUGGGCAUCCAUGAUGUGGACCGGGCAGAGCAGGAGGAGAUGGAGGUGGAAGAGCGGGCAGAGGACGAGGAAUGUGAGAAUGACGGGAUGGGCGGCAACCUGCUCUGCUCCUAUGGCACACCUCCGGACAGCCCUGGCAACCUCCUCAGCUUUCCUCGGUUCUUUGGUCCUGGGGAAUUCGACCCCUCUGUUGAUGUUUAUGCCAUGAAAAGCCAUGAAAGUGCCCCCAAGAAGGAGGUCUAUUUCAUGGCCAUCAUUGAUAUCCUCACACCAUAUGAUGCUAAGAAGAAAGCUGCACAUGCUGCCAAAACAGUGAAACAUGGGGCGGGGGCCGAGAUCUCAACUGUGAACCCUGAGCAGUACUCCAAACGCUUCAACGAGUUCAUGUCCAACAUCCUGACGUAGUGACCUUCUACCUUCAGCCACAGCCAAGAAUGAGAUAUGGGGUUGGGGAUUGGAAGGGGGAGAGGGUGUAUUUGGGCUAGAUGGGAGGGGUGGGAGCACAGUGGGGGGUCAGGGAGGCCUUUAGCAGUGAGACUACAGCCUGUGACACUGAAAGGGAUUCUAGGGAGGAGGGGAUGUGCUGUGUGUGCAGGUGCUCACAGGAUGUAGCCUCACCUUCUUACCUUUGAUUCCCACCCCCCCAUUUGACCCAGGUUUAAAAAGGGUUUCCUUUUUGUUACCUUGUAGCCUUUUAAAAUACCUUGAGGCUAGAGGUGACUGUGGGUUUAUUUGGGUUUUUCUGAAAUUUCAUUGCUCCACGUUUGCUGUUUAUAAUGAUGUAUGUCAUCACCCUAUCCACCUUCCCCAUCCCUACCCUAGUUCCCUUGGAUUUAUAGAGGCACCCCAUAGACCCAGCCAAGGGUCCUCUCAGAGCCAAGUGCUCUGGCACCAGAGGAGAGGAGGUCAGAUACCUCAUCCCUGCUGGAUUAACUUUUUAAUUUCAUGAAGUAUUGUGUACAACUUUACCUUUCCUCCUUGGAUCCAAGUGAUUCCUGCAUCUAAAUGCUGUCCUCCUGAAGGAACACUCCAGAUCAACGUCAGUCAUCUUGGAUCAGAAUCAAAGAUCUCAGAGGGGAGUGAGUUCAUCCUCAUGGGAUGGUGAGGGUGACGGUUGCUGCUGGCCUCUCGGAGAGCUGGUUCUCAGAGAGCUCGUGAUCAUUACUCAAGCCCCAGGGCUCUCUCGGGCUCUGGAGUUCAGAUGUAUUCUCUAUAAAGCCUGCCUCCCACUUGGUCAAGAGAAACUAGGAAGGACCCUGUGCUUAAGUGAUAUUUUUCCCCCUUGGAGAAACCCCAGAAGCUGAUGAGUAUCAAAUGAGGGCUUGUGCCCUCCAUCCAUUUACUUCCUUCUGACCUUUUCCCAGGCACCUUCACUUGUAGGUGAGCUUUUAGCUGAGGGCAGAUCUCCAGGUGCCUGGGGUGCUCCUUGCAGAGAUUCCUCUUCAAGCCCCAGGGCUACCAUGCCGAUAAUCUGACUCCCUGUGCCUGUGGUUUGUCACCUGGACAUUAUGGGUUAUGGCCGGCAGGGAGUGAUGCCUCCCACCUUGGAGUGUGGUGCCCAAGCCUGAGGUCGUUUCUGGAUCACUUGACGAUGUGACUCAGGAAAUCAAAUCUGGAGGCUUGAGGUGGAAUUGGACCUGGACUCAGCCUUGGGGCUGUUUUUCCUUGAUGUCCCCAUCUAGACUUUUAACAGAUCUGCCACCUACAGGCUUCCUCAGGAGUGGCAUCCUGCCCCUUCCUUCAGGAUCUCCACCCACCUUCUGAGCCUUGCUAUCCAGGCCUCAGAAUUGAACUGUGUGUCAUUCUGUGAUAACAUCAGAGCAGCCUGGUCUGUGAUGAGAAAACAGCCCUGUGUUGGUGGAGGUACAUUCCUGUAUCUUCUCAACCUUUUACCAGUAACUGGUGAUUGCAGAUGAGAUAUGGUAAAACAUGUAGGUAACUCCACAGAUGCGAAGAAAGUUUGUGGAAGCAUUUUGAAUGAAUGGAUUGGAUUCUUGUGGCUCCUCCAAACAUGGCCAAACUCAGCUUCUGGAGCAGGAACCAGCAUGGUCUCUGUGCCCUACUCACAGCAUUUAGGUCAGGAGGGAAUGGAGACAGCAUUCUUGGACUCCUCUGGGACUGCUGGGACCCUUCUAGAAGAGGCAGAUGGGUCAAACAACUGCCCUGGCCCCAGGAAGAGGCCAUAGGUAACUGAACAUCAGCAGUAAGACCAUGAGGUGACUUGAGGAAGGACUUGAAACCAAGAGGCUCAUGGAGAAAACAAAACUGACUUAGGAAGGGGUUAUAUAGGAAUAAUGUUUGGACUUGAUUUCUCCACCUUCUAAUCAAGAAUAAAAAUUUGGAUCUGCUCAUAGUCAGGCCAGCAUCUCCAAAGGUUGGCAGGCUGUCCUCCGGCAGCCUCCACAGCCUUGGACUCCCACCGGCUCCCUGCAUUUGGUCUGAUCAUGUUGCCAUUAAUGUGUAUGAAACGUGUAACAAUCCUAUCAGUUGAAGAUGAGCUACCAGGUAUCUGACUUGUUUAACAUUGAGUUUUUGUGAUUUUGUGGAGUUUAUUUUUUUGUAUAUUGUUUACAUUUUGAGAGGUAGCAUUCUGUUUCAAAUGCUCUUUUGUGUUUCUGACAGUGUUGUUGAUUGGGUUGGAACAUUUGAGCUGUGGUUUGGUGAACUUUAGAUUUUUUUUAAAAGGUCAUUCUGUGCUAUUUUCAAAACCUUGGGUUUGGCCCUCUAAUUCUUUUGGCAUUCAGAUGUUUAAAAGCUAUUUAUCUGGGUUUAUACAGGUUUUCUUUCUCUCCUUUUUAUAAUGAUGAAGAUAUAUUUGGUUUGCAGUCUGAAUGUAAAGAAGGUGAACUGACCCCCACACUUUCGUCUGCCCCCACUUCCCCUCCCCAAAUUUUACCAUUCCCUUUCUGAGCAGUAGAAGGCAUCCGAGGGGAAGUAGCUACCCUCAACCUCACUCUUUGGAGCCAUGAAACUCAGCUGCCUGAUGGCAUCCUAGAAUGAUUUUGGGUCUCCCAAGAACAAAGGAAUAAGAAUAGGACAUGGCUGACUGGGUGAGGUCUGGAGGAGCUAAGGGCAGGAUUUGUCUACCAGUCCCUCUCAUCCUGCUCCUGUUCUGAAAGUCUAUAGACAGGAGACUAUAGUCUCCUAGGUUUCCCAGCCAAAGCGAGGGGUUGACUGAAAACUCCACUGAGACUACUAGAUGGAGGCCUGUGGCCCUUGUUCCUGUUCAUGAACCACUGAGUCUUAUCCUCCCAGUGGGAGCUCCUUCUGUGUGCCCCACAGUGGGGGUUAGGGGGCAGGGUUGGGAAGCCAGCAGUUCCAGGAGCACAAACUGAAGUGCUCCAUCUCCCCUUAUCUUGCUCAGGAGCUACUGGUCUGUGGCAGGUGCCACAAGUCACCCCUGUGGCUAUUCUCAGUGCACUCCCUAAAUUCCCACCACAGGCAGUUCUUCCUACUUCACUUCUUUCUCUUGCCUGUGCUUUAGGCCUCAAGCAGGUCCCCUGGUAGUACUCAGGGCUUGGGACUACAGAUCCUGCCCUGGGGAGGUGAACCAAAGACCCAGGGCUUUUCUCAGUAGCCAGUCCCACCCCCAAUUGUCUUUUUACCAGUUCAAGUUGGAGAAAAAACUUCAGCACUGCCCAGCAUUUGAGCUACUCAAGUGUCAGGGGCCGGAAGUAUUUAAACAAUCCUUAGAGCUCUGGCCUUAGAUCUGUGGCUCCAAGUCUAGGGACCUCACCCCUUCUGGCAGAAAUGUGUGGAGGGGGCAUCCACUCUGAGCACAGGAAUCAAAGGGAAAACACAUUCAAAUAACUGCCCCUAAACAUACCAGCCAUCUGCAGGGGGCAGUCACAGGGCCCUAGCCUUCCUCUGAGAAGUGCCACUUACAAAGAGUGCCUCCAAAGGGAAGAGGAGACUCAGCUCUCCCAGUGGGUUGUGCUGAGAUCCUCGGAGGCUGGAGAGGAAUCUUCCAGAGGAGCCCCUUCCCCUUGCUCAGGAGGAAGAAGGAACCAACCACCUUUGGGGGAAGGCCUGGUGCUGCUCAGCACACCCAAGCAUCAGGUCAGGUCAUUAUAAUUAAAAAAUGUGAAUUAAGUAUAGAUUCAAUUUUGGGGGAAGCAGGAUAAACUUUCACCCCACCAUGUGUGACUUCUCCAUUUCCCACUGCAAUUUCCAUUUUUUAAAUAGGAAUUUUUAGCCCCGUGCUUGUCUAAUGUCUGCUCGGAACAGUUCGAGACCCUGUUACUGUUUUAAAAUGCAUGCGUGUUAAGAUGAAUCUUCAACCCGAGGAAAAUAAAACUCAAAAAGCUUUGUGUACA